AUGAGUAACCCAGCACCAGCUCGGCGUGAUAGACGCAGUAUUGGCCAGUUCAAAGGCCCCAUCAUCAUCGCAAUGUCGGCACUCGCGUUUGCAGCACUUCUUGCCAGUAUCGGAGGCACGUCUGGCAAGACAGUCAGAUCCCCAACUCCUCCAAUGGGUUGGAACUCCUACAACCACUACAAUUGCAAUCCUUCCGAGGAGAUUAUCAAGAUCAACGCCAAAGGAUUGGUAGAUCUGGGCUUUCUAGACCUAGGCUACAGCAUUGUUACCGUCGAUUGCGGAUGGCCUUCAAGAGAUCGGGAUAGUGAGGGCAGACUUCAGUGGAAUGAGACUCUGUUUCCUUCAGGUCCAAAGGCUCUCGGCGAGUAUAUCCACGACUUGGGACUAGAGUUUGGCCUCUACUCUGGCGCUGGAUAUCUCCAGUGUGGUUCAUAUGACAUCCCUGCCUCCCUAGGAUACGAGGAGAUUGACGCAAAGUCAUUUGCUGAGUGGGGAGGCGAUACCCUCAAGUAUGACAACUGCUACGCCACAUCCAAGACUGAUAUGGUUGACUCAGACUCUGCCGAAGCCAAGAGUCCCGACCGAUUUAUCAAGAUGGCCGCCGCCAUCAACGAGACUGAUCGUGACAUCAAAUACUUCCUCUGCCAAUGGGGUAUUGGUGAAGAUGUCCCACAAUGGGCCACCCAAGUAGGAAAUUCGUGGAGAAUGAGUAACGACAUCUUCAAUGCAUGGAGAGCAAUCUGGCGCAUCACCAACCAGGCUGUUGCCCACUCAAAGUAUAACCGUCCUGGCGCGUUUGCAGACUUGGAUAUGCUCAUUAUCGGCCUUGGUGCUCUCUCAUACGAAGAAGAGCGUUUCCACUUCGGUCUCUGGUCCAUGAUGAAGUCUCCUCUCAUUAUCGGAGGAGUGAUGGACGCUAAACAAAUACCUGCUGAAUCUCUCGAAGUGAUGUCCAACAAAGAAGCCAUCGCUAUUAACCAAGAUGCACUAGGUCAAGCAGCAGAGCUAGUGAUUCGGUACACCGAAGAAGAGUGGGAUAUCUGGUCCGGUAACCUCACUUCAAACCGCAAGGUCCUUGGCGUUGCGAACUGGAAGAAUGAAACUCAAACUGUUGAAGUUGACCUGGCACUUAUUGGUGUUGAGAAGGCCAAGGCGCGAGAUGUCUGGGCUCACGAGGAUCUUACUGUUUCUGGUACUCAGAAAUUCGAACUGAAGCCUCAUGAGCUGCGACUCCUCGUUCUAUCAGACAUCAGCCAAACUUCCAAGCCCAAGCCAGCGGGAUAUUACCCAGCUUCCAAGGCGUCACUGGAAGGUUCAGCUUCGCUCGCUGACUGCGGAGAAAACGAAUGUCUACCAGCCAACGAGAAGAUUAAAUCCAUCGGUGAAGGUGCCAAGGCAACCUUCAAAUCUGUCAGCGCUCCGAAGGACGGCUCGCUUUACGUCGGGGUGGACUACAUCAACCACGAGUAUCACCACACGAUUGGCGACUGGGAAACCAACUCGAGGAACAUGUCGAUAUCUGUCAAUGGGGAGGAUGCCAAACGAUGGGCGUUCCCGAAUGCUGGCGGCGAUUGGUUCGAAAGUGAUCGCAUGGUGAUCCUUUUAGAUGGGUUCAAGAAGGGUGAUGACAAUACUGUUGCUUUCACUGCUUCCACCUCCGGAGAUUGGGCGCCUGAUUUGGUUGGCCUUCAGGUUCUAGUAUAG